ACGCAGAUAUUUGCGGAUGAAGUUUUCCACAACAUGGCAGCUAUGUAUACUAGAUGAACGGGUGAAAGCUUGCACUGUCAUUACAAACUUUUUAUUUACGUGUGAAACUUCAAAUUGCUAGCUCAGCUCUUGAUUUCAGUGCCUAAAAGUGAGGUGUCUUGUGUCGAACGAGGUGUCUGAAUGGUGUGCGAAGUGUACUAUUUAUGUCAAGCUGCAGCAGUGCACACAAUUUCUAAAUUUAAUUAUAAAACCUGCAUAAAUCCAUUGCGCGUUAUAUUUACCCAGAAAAGUGAUGUCAAAUGAGCUUUCGGCCGUUUUGACCGUCGGUUGCAAUGUCGUGCUCCGUUUCCAGUGAACCACAACAUUAAAAUUAUGUGUGAUUUUAAGACUUCAAGAGUGGCCCGCCUAAGUCGUACAAAAACAUGUACGAUAUUGGUUAACAUCACAUAGGACCCCAUUCUGUUAUGAUGCACCCGAGCAGCAAAAAUGAGCCCCGUACCGCUAAAAUUUCGUGCAUUUACGACACCCCCUGCGACCCCAAAGCGACCGACUACGAGAAGCUGUACUGCCCCAAUAACGAGCUGUCGGAGCCCCCGAGGACCCGCUGUGAUAGACUCAAAACUGGAUCGUCCUGCGAGGCCCUGAAGCAUGCCGUGGCAUCCCUCCAUAGACUCGACGACUUCCACAAGGAAAAAAUCGGAUCGGGGUUUUUCUCGGAGGUUUUCAAGGUGACCCACCGCGUAACCGGUCAAGUGAUGGUGUUGAAGAUGAACUUGUUGCGUUCGAAUCGCCGUAACAUGUUGAAGGAGGUCCAAUUGAUGAAUAAAUUAUCCCAUCCGAAUAUCCUAAAUUUGAUGGGUGUAUGCGUGCACGAAGGUCAAUUACAUGCCCUCACCGAAUACAUCAAUGGUGGUUCAUUAGAGCAACUCAUACAAAAUAGAAACAUCGAUUUACCACAACCAACAAGGGUAUCCUUGGCAAGGGAUAUAUCAUACGGCAUGAGCUAUCUUCAUUCCAAGGACGUAUUUCACAGGGACUUAACAAGUAAAAAUGUCCUAAUAAAGCGCCUGGAAUCGGGCGAGCUGCAGGCCGUGGUGGGCGACUUCGGCUUGGCGUCAUCGUUCCCUGACGGCAAAACGAAGCUGUGUACCGUCGGAUCCCCUUAUUGGAUGUCCCCCGAGUGCCUGAAAGGUCAAUACUACGACCAACAAAGUGAUGUAUUUAGUUACGGAAUAGUGUUAUGCGAACUGAUAGCACGUGUCGAAGCUGAUCCCGAUCAGUUGCCCAGAACUGACAAUUUCGGUCUCGAUUAUUUAGCGUUUACCGAAAUGUGUGGACAGAACGUUGUACCUGAAUUUUUAAAUUUGGCAUUUCGAUGCUGCACUAUCGAUCCAAAAAGUCGGCCGACAUUCAACGAAAUCGUUCAAAUAUUAACCGAAAUCUUGGCCGAUCUACAACAUCAUACAUCCGAUCGAGGAGAACAACAAGCCAAGUUGGCAAGUUGUGGCGCCAAAAGCGAGGAACAACUGCCUGUACUUUUGGUACAAUCGUCGGCACCACAACACAGGAAAAAUGGCGGACUCAAUUUGGUUGUCCACCGGCGAUCGUUAUCUGAAGACGUAUCCAUGUUGUCGCUAACGAUGCACGCGACACCUAGCGAGAAAGCCCGUCGUCACGCCUUGACGAUGUGCCGUCAAGACCCGCACUACAAGCCUCGUACGAGCAAUCCAUUCGCGGCUUUAACCCAAUUCCGCGGUGUUAAAAAGUUCCUCGGCAAUUUUUCGUCUUGUUGCGAAUUGCCAUCUCCCUUCAUCGAGUCCACAGAAUCGCCCAAAUCGCUCCCCGGCUCUCCAACCGCCUCCCGGAAAGCAGCGACAACGUCGUCGUCUCGUUCGCCCUUCUUCGUGCAUCCCUUUUUCAAAGGGGGCUCCAGCACGAACCUCCUGGAGUUGGGAACCACCGAAGGCCCCAACAUCACGUUGCGACGUCGGGGCUCCUGUGAAUCGGGGUUUUAUUCAAGCGUGGGGGAAUGUCUCUCUCCGAGUAGUUUAUGGGACAGUGGGACAGCGGUUAGUUCGUUGCGCUCGCUUGAUGAGUUGGAACCGGCCGAAUUGCAGGCGUUAUGUAAGAGAGCGUCGUCAAUUUGCACAGAUAGCAGCGAAGAUAUUUCGAGUUUGACGGGCUCCGAGUGGACGCAGGACUUGAAACCGAAGAAUAUCUCCUACAUGGUGGACUACUUCGAGCGGAAGGGGGCCAGUCUGAGGCACCCGGGGGGCGUUCGAGGGGGCUUACAGCUCAGUUCGAGGAUUGCAGCGCUGCGCAAAUCGCUGGAGAAGCAGGGGGCUGCCGGUGCUGUUAAUUCGAAUUCGCUUGUGACGCCACAGAGGCACAAGUACAACCGGAUUGUUGUCUGUGAAGGUGCAGUUAGGUCAAAGUUGCCCCUUUUUGAUAAAAAGUAGGCCAGUCUUCCUUCGUUUUGUUUCUUCUCUAGUCAGAUUGUAAUUAAAAUUGUUACAUGAUUUGUGGCCUAAAAAGUCUAUUUUUCACGUCCUUGUUGGUUCACAGUUGUACAUAUUUGUGUGACCUUAAAAUUAUUGCGUUUCCAGUUUUGGUAAAUAUGCGGCCUAUAUUAGGUCGGUUUAUUGGAGUUGUGCGAGAAUUAAGCUUCGUUUUUGCAUUUAUGUUGUUUUGGACGUUUUGAAAGAAUUAAGUUCCGUUUCUGUUACGAUUUUCAAAAUCGGCUAAAUAUUUUAUGAGUGUGGAAAAAGACUGAAAAAUUUACGAUUUUCGUGUAUUAAAUAUUUGCUUUGUUUAGCUGGUUUUGAUUUGUGUGAACCAAAUGCCAAAUGUAUAACCGACAUAUCCAAGUUUUGGUUGCAAUAAUGUAAAAAUGUGAUGACCGUCCAUCAGAAAAGUAUUGAAGAUUAUACCAAUUAUGUUACUCUUUGUAUUUAUGAAAUAUUUAGUGAGCAAGUAUUACUCUUUUUAACGGUCUGUUUGUAUAUCUUCCAUAUUGUCUUGUCAAUAAUAUAUAGUUGUUUAGUAAAAUACAUUUUUCAUAUAUA